UCCAUAUAUACUUCGACCAUUAUAAGCUCACCCGGGGCCCCCACAUUGUGCAAACGACUAUCUUGUGCCUGGAUUCGUUUGAUGUAGCCCAACGUGAAGUUGUUCAGCAUACUUAUACACUCGAAAGUUCGAAAGUAUACAUUAUGGAGCCAUGGAAAGCGCAGACAGCGAAGCAGGGUGUCAAGGCGGGCUUCAACCCUUCCACCAAGAAAACCGGCGUUAUAAAGAAUAACAAGCUCGCCGCAGAUGCCAGAAAGCCCGGAGACUCCAACACGGCUAAUGGCACCAAGUCCGCGUCCGGCCACCAUUUCUUCACGGCAGACGGUUUGCGCGUCCCUCUCUACGAUGCCCGUGGGAAACGUAUCACACAAGCCCGCGACGGACGCGCCGUUGCACAUAAGAUCUCACGCCAGAGAUUGCUGGACGAGUAUGUUCGAAAGUACGCUGGCAACGAUAAGGUCGACGAGAUGGAAGGAAAGACGCAGGGGGCGCAGAAGUGGAGCAAGAAUCAGAUUGGAGACUGGAUCACUGAGGUGGAGACGAGAGCGUAUGGGCGAGGGCCGAAAGGGAGGACGGUGAAAGAAAGGAAAGAAGGGGAUGGAGCAAGCACGCAGAGCAAUGGACUGGAGGAAAGAGAAGAAGCGCCUAUGGGGAGGGUGACGAGGAGUAUGCGUGAGCAGAUAAUGGCGAUGCUAGCAAUGGGUGGGGAGACCGCGGAUGUGUCUGCACCGAUUCCUGUUUCCAAGAAAGCGCCUGUGGGCGCGAAAAAUGUUGUUGUUACGAAUGGGGGUCGCGUCGUGACUACGAACGGAGACGCGAAUAGCAAACGCAAAUUGCCAGCCCAAGAUCCACAGGCGACGAACAAGAAACCCAAGCUGGACAGGACAAACGCAGGGCUCCCUUAUUCCAUCAUACAGAAGCCUGCGGCUGCAACUCCUGCUCAAUCAACCUCAAUUACCAAGGCACCUUUCAACCAGAAAGCUGUGAGCACAGACGAUAUACUGCCUCGAAAGCGCAAACCUGGUGUCGCAGCUGAUAUGCCACCCCCUAAGCGCAAACCUGCUACCGCUCUCAGCCCUACUGCUUCCAAAUCCACCGCUGCCAGACCUGCAGCGCCCUCUACGAACAGUCAAACCAUCAAAGCUCCACCAGGCUCCAAACCCCAGCCAAAACCCCCCUCUCUCAACACCUUCGAUUGGAACCACGCCAAAGAUGACCUCUAUCUCCCCGGCAGCGUCUCCUGCCUCAACAAGGCGGAACCCCACCCCUUCCUGUCCACCUUCUCCCUCGACCCAACGUUCGAGACAACCCUAGGCUGCACCGCAAACACCACGCCCCUCCGGGCCCUUAGCCUUCCGGCAUCUCGCUCACACCUCAUCAUGUCAACCACCGCCCUCAAGUUGAACAGCACCAGCGUCCACCUGGUCGCCAUCCCCGACCGCGACCUCGAAAACCAGCGCGCCGCAGCCGCCGUGAAAAAGAAGGUUGGGCCCCCACACCGCCGGAAGAGGAACAUGAUCCCCGCCUUCCUCAAGCCUGGCACGCACGGAUGGGACUACGAGAAGCACAUGUGGGGGCUCAAGGGGGACAAGGAUCUCGAGACUGGACGGGGGCAUCAGGUCGACCCUGAGGAUGAGAGGAGGGUGCAGGUGGGAGAGAUGGCGUGGAGCGAGUUUGGGGAGAAGUAUCCUGGUGUGAAGGGGAGGGGUGGGAUGUGGCCGUGUGGGUGUGUAGUAGAGGGGAGCGGGGAGAGUGAGGAGGAGUGA